AUGCUCUAUCCGACGCUCACGUUGAAUUUGAUUAUUUUUGCUUCACUACCGGUAUUUUUGAAUGUGAUCUCUUUGAUACCAUUGGUUAGUCAGAAGAAGGGACGCUCAAUUCGCGAUAAUCCAAGUCAUCUACCACUUCUGAUUCUUCUACUAAUCGAUAUAGCUCUGUCCGUAAUCCUUGCCGUUCCGGUGUAUUCGUUCAUAAGCGAAGAAGGUAUAUUCUCCGAUGCCGCAUGUCAAAUCUAUGGUGGAAUUGACAUGGCACUAUCCUUAUCUCAAGUUGUCCUAGCGACAAUUAUUGCCUUCGAUCGAUACAUUGUAACAAUUUCGCCAAAAUGGGGAAAAUGGCGUUGUCAUUCGAAUUACAUGAAAUUGAUCGCUAGUCUUACCGUGUUCGCCACUCUAUGGAGUAUUAUUCCGAUAAUUGGUUACGGUAAAUACAGUACUUUUCACGGGAAUACAUUUUGUUCGUUGGAUUGGCGACAAGGUGAUUUUGACGCAACAUCCACGGAUUCAACGGAUGAUGCACAUCAUUAUAUCGCUUUUCUCACAGCAACAUGUCUAAUUUUUUUCCUAAUACCGGUUUGUAUAGCCUCUUCCUUCUACUACAGUAUUAUCGAUCAUGUUGACAGGCUGAAUUCAACUGAGGUACGUGAGGAGAAUGGAAACGCCAUAACCGAUUGUUGUACGUGGGCUCCAAAGGACAACGUGGCUAAGGUCGGUCUCAGUUGUCUUCUUGCGUCAACGUUACCAUUUUUGGCAUAUUCUAUUGUAUGUCUGAAUCCGAUGAAAUCCGACUUCAAUAAUGUUUCCUACGUUGUUGUUCCAGUGAUAAUUAGCCGAUUCUGUCCGCUGCUGAAUCCGAUUUUUUACAUAUGGUGCAAUCCCGACGUAGUGCCAAUAAAUGAGUUUUUGGCGAAACGAAUGGCAAAACGACGACCACCACCGAAAACCUAUCAUACGAUCAAUCUUAUCGCUGAAGUACCUGGAAUGUCGUUCCCGAUUCUCACACCUACAGUGUCCGUCACUCGACGACAACUCCCACAAAUUCCAUCAAAUUUGAUAUCGCCCACUCGAAAACAAGUAUGCUUCGACGAGGUCGACGAAACCAGCCCAAUGCUUCAUAAUAGAUAG